AUACAGUUACUCCAGGAAAUUGAUCGAGCAGGCAAAAACCAAGUGAAUCGAUCGGUCGCACACACAAAAACUAGCUAGUACAAUGGCUGAAAGGAGGAGCAAUAUGAUGAUGAUAUAUGGUUUUAAUUUGUUGAUCGUUGCUGCGGCUGUACGGUCGUCGUCGUCGAGCAUUCUCGGCGACGCGACGGUCGUCAGCACCGACGACCGCUGGGUACGGAGGAGGCUCCUGCUCAUCGAUGGGAUGGUGGACGGCAAGCGGAUGAGGAAGACCGUGGUCGUAGCGAAGGACGGCACGGCCAAUUUCACGACGAUCACCCAAGCCUUGGGCGCAGCGCCGCCGAGAGGCAGGUUCGGCAUCUUUGUGAAAGCAGGGGUUUACGAGGAAACGGUAAAUAUUACCAGACCAAAUGUUGUGCUUUGGGGAGAGGGCAUCGGCAAAACCGUGAUUACUGGAAGCCGCUCUUGCCCCAUAGAAAAUAAUAAGACCAAGACCGACAUGAUGCCUUGGACGGCCACAGUCACUGUGCAAGGGCAUGGAUUUAUAGCUCAGGACGUGACAAUAGAGAACAAGGCGGGUCCGACCGGUACUCCAGCCGUCGCUCUGCGCUGCGACUCCAACAUGUCCCUUAUUCACCGCUGCCGCAUCGACGGGUACCAAGACACACUUUGGGCCCAAAACAACCUGCAGGUGUAUCUGCGGUGCGACAUCGCCGGCACAAUUGAUUUUGUGUACGGUAAUGCGAAGGCCAUUUUCCAGUAUUGCCGCUUACUGGUGCGCAACCCGGGCAACGGCAAGCACAACGCAAUCACGGCGCAGGGGCGCAACGACCCAACCAGCGAGGAGUCGGGGUUUAUAUUCCAAGGUUGCAACAUCACCGCCAUGGAAGGAGAAAGCCUCGCGGGGGUGGAUACCUAUCUGGGGAGGCCCUGGAAGAACCAUUCCAGGGUGGUUUUCAUGGGCUGUUUCAUGAGCGACAUCAUCAACCCUGACGGCUGGGUUCACUGGAACAAGGCAACACCUGUGGAGGAGACGACCAGGACAGUGGAGUACCUGGAGUAUGGCAACAAAGGCGCUGGGGCAGAGACGGCCGACCGUGUGAAGUGGAAGGGCGUCCGGGUGAUCACCGAGGCGGAGGCCAACCGUUUCACCGUUGAUCACUUCAUCAACGGUAACCAGUGGUUGCCCAACUUGGUCAACGGCGAGCAGAUCAACUACACCCACGGUCUCAUCUAGUUACACUCUUACACCAUCAUUGCAUACAUAUAUCACAUGCUGUGUACUGGAGUAUUGUAUUGUACUGUAUCAAUGUCCCUUGUACUGUAUGUGUGUAACUAUAUACUCUACUAUUUGCAUACGUACCGUACGUACUCGUACCUUAUAUUGUAUUUGUUGGUACGUA